UCUACUUCCUAAGAGUGUGAAAGUACCAGAGUGCGGGUCAUUGACGAAAGAUGUGUGUGUGGCUGCAUGUGUGUGGAGAGGGAAAAAGAACCACCCCUCUUAAAAAUUUUAAGAACCAUACUGUCAGGAUUGUUAGGAGGGCUUUUAACUUGAUCUCGGAUCUUUUCUAGACCAACACAUUUGGAGCAAGGACUCACAUUAGUGUUUGUUUGGGAUGGAUUUAAAUGCUUAGCAUUGGACUUAGAAUCGAUCUCUGCUCCUGACUUUUGUUAAGUGCCCCCCCACCCAUCCGACCCCCCACAAAGAAGAGCAGAACCAGGAACCAAGCAGAGGAGGAAAACAUCUGGAUGGAAGAGCAACCAGAAGAGAAGAUCAGAAGAGAACGGGAUAAAAGGAACAGAGCUGAAGGACAUUUUGGAUAAAGAAGCAGGGAAUGUCUGAUAUGUGCACUCUCUAAAUAGGACACGCCACAUUUCCUCUCUUCCUACUUGAGAUGGGACGCUUGCUGGGUCUGACGCUGGCCUACCUGGCCCACCUGAUAGCUUCCGCCUUGGGCUCGGAGCGCCAGCACCACACGGUGCAGCACGGCGACUGCAGCUACACAUUCAUCCUCCCUGAGGUGGAACAUUGCCAGCCCCAGAAAAACUUUGAGGUCUCGAACACGCUCCAGGGGGACUCCCCAGCCCAGGUCCAAUCUUCCGUGAGUCAAACAACUCUCGGCAGGACCCAGAAGGACGGUUCCACUUGGUUGGAAAUUAAGCUGGAGAGUCUUGAGAGUGCAACGGAGAAUAAUACACUGUGGCUGCAGAAGCUGGAAAAUUUAAUGCAGGAGAACGUUCGCUCCGGCAUGGAGGAAAUAAAGCGAACCGCGGUUCAAACCCAGACGGCCGCCAUGCUAGAGAUGGGCAGCAACCUCCUCAGUCAGUCAGCAGAGCAGACGCGCAAACUGACCCAUGUUGAAACUCAGGUAUUAAACCAGACCAGUCGCCUGGAGAUCCAGCUGCUGGAGUACUCGCUUUUUACCAACCGUCUGGAGAAGCACAUACUCCUGCAGACUCAGGAGAUCUCACGUCUCAGUGAUAAAAACAGUUUUCUCGAGCAGAGGCUCUUGGCGCUGGAGGCUCGUUAUGGGACGGAACUGCAGGGCCUGCAGAGAGAAAAGCAGCAGUUGCGCGAACUGAUGCAAAGGCAGAGCCGACUGGUCGGCCAGCUCCAGGGCGAUUUGGGCGGCGCAACUCUAAACAACACGUUGCUGCAGAGGCAGCAAUCUCAGCUCGCGGACACAGUUGAGCAGCUGCUGGCUUUGGUCAACAACUGUAAUGAAAUCUCCCAUCUGCCCAAACAGGAGCCACCUAUUUUUAGGGACUGCGCUGAGAUUUUGCAUUCUGGACAAACAGCGAGCGGGAUAUACAACAUACGCCUCACGAACUCCACCCACUCUGUCAAGGUUUUCUGUGAUAUGGAGACCAGAGGUGGAGGAUGGACUGUGUUCCAGCAUCGCAGAAACGGCUCCGUCGAUUUCCACCGUGGAUGGAAGGAGUACAAAUUGGGAUUCGGAGAGCCUUCUGGAGAACACUGGCUGGGAAAUGACAUCAUUCAUCAGCUGACCAGAUCCGGGGAAUAUAGCCUACUUGUCCACUUGAAGGACAGAGAGGGGAAUGAGGCCUACUCGCACUUCAAACACUUCUUCACUAACGGGGAGGACCGUAACUACAGCCUUCAUGUUGAGGGCUUCAGUGGGACUGCUGGACGGACGAACAGCAUGGCCCACAGCGGGACCCAGUUCAGCACCAAGGACAGAGACAACGACCGCUGCACCUGCAAGUGCGCUCAACUCGCGUCCGGAGGUUGGUGGUUUGAGGCUUGCGGACCAUCCAACCUGAAUGGUGUGUAUUACCCGAGCUCGUCCACUGUGGUUCGCUACAACGGCAUUAAGUGGUACUAUUGGAAAGGACCAAACAUGAUGGCUACCAUGGCAACCAUGAUGGUGCGCCCGGCAAACUUCUGAUGACUGUUCGUCUUAGGGAAAACCAUUUAUUAUGGACACCACAGUAUCAGAGAGUGCGACCAGAACUGAAAUCAGUGUGUGUGGAACUGUGAGGAAAAAGUGGAACUGAGCCCUGGAUGGAAUAAUUGCCAAAGGAUGCCACAAGCAAUCAUUUUGUCUCAAGCAAGUGCCACAAAUAUAUAGUUCAUAUACACUAGUUCCUUGGUACCAAGAUGGAGGCAAAGUACUAUUUUUGUCUGCUCAACCUUCUUCAAUAUUGUUCCAUUGGUGCACCAAAUGGGCUUCAGCAAAAAUCAGAGCAAUGUAGAUUUUUUUCACUGACGAACAGAAGAAAGAAUCUCCACAAAUUUCAGAAUAGGACAUUGUGUGAUGAAACGUGAUGGGCGCCCAAAAAAAAAAAAAAAAAAAAAAAAAAAGAGACUCAGCAAAGGUGAUGAUCUUCCAAAUACGGACCAGCAGACAUACAAUAGUAUGUCAAUGAGGGGGAUGUAGUCACGGAUUUGUUGUACGCUUUGUUUGACGUUCAAAAAUGUAAUUUAAUUAAUGACAUAAAUCCGAAUUUUACAUUUUAAUGUAAAAAAAAAAAAGGGAACCAUGGACUUACAGCUUUUACGUUUGAUAGUUUGACAACAUGCGCUCGCUUAAAAAUUGUUGCACCAUCAUUAAAACAAGGACGGCCAUAAGAAACAAUUUUGCCCUUCUAAAGGGUUUUACAGAGUGAAACAUUCUAGUUCCUUCCUCUUCUGGCUCUCAUGAAAUAUUCAUUUUUGAGUGAUUUCCCUCAUAAAAGCACAUUAAACAUUCUUCCCAAGGUGAUUUAUUCUAGGAAUAAAACAUUUGUUGCAACAUCUUGGGGCUGUUAAAAAGAAUAUAGCCUGCAUAUUGUCUGUUGUGGUGGUGGUGGGGGGGACUCGCACUUGCCUCAGACAGCUGACGGGAUAAAUUAUCCAGUAGCGCCGUUCCCAGCAGUUCCUAUUAGAGUGCAAAUAUUUUCCACCUGUAUCAGCUGUGCACAUUGAGCGUGGCCACGGAGGAGGAGAAGGCCUGGUCACGUUGACACUGCCUGCUCAUUGUUUCAUACGCACCGCUGUGCUUCUCCGAAUGACAUCUGGCAAUUUAGUGCAACCGGACACAGUCGGUUUCACGAACUGGGCUGCCCGUAUCUUUAUUUUAGUCAGUGCUAGUUGAUACUUUCCAUAGGAAAGAAGCAUCUAUUUGCUGAUAAUGUAAAAAUACCUUCCGAGCAACAAAUUCCUCUGUUCUCCGCAAAUUGCCUUUUCUUUGUGAGGCUUCACCGGACCCGUGAAGCGCUCAACCGGGCUUUAACUGCCGUUGAUUUACUACUCCAUUAGCAAAGAUGCGGGACAUGCUCAACACAGUCGAAUUGUUCUGAAGAAUGCAGAGCUAUUAAUUAAAUCGCUUGAGCACCAUCUGAAAGCGCUAUAUGCAUGUAAAUAUCCAAUCAUAUCCUAUUAUAAUCUGAAUAGAGAAAGGCAUGAUCCGCAUAUUAUCACAAGUGGAUGUUGUGGUAGCACUGAUUGUGAAAACACGCACACAGAUCACCGUAUUGCUUUGUUAGUUUAUUAGAGCCUCCGAAGACUGGACAGGCUAUAGAUCACAAUGGGGCGAAGCGGGGAAUGAAUCCAUCAAAGUGACUUUAAUAAAGUCUAGAUUUGGCCAACUGGCUCAACAGAUGAAAUGGCUGCGUUCAGGUCCAGUGAAGAAGACCAAACUCCCAAAUUCUCCCCAAUCCCCACUUAUUAGACAAGUUUAUAUGAAGAAGGGGCCCAAGUAUAGCGAGAUGUGAGUCGCAACGUAAAGCAAUCUUUUCCAAUGAGGCGGAUCCCCACUCCACAAUCAGUCUUGAAAAAUGUUCGAGAGAUUCUCACAUCUCGCUCUUAUAAUACUUAUACGUAAUACUACUAGAUUUCUUGGCUAAAUUAGAAUUUUGUUUUUUUUUAAAUGUCCCUUUUCCUCAAGUCUACAUUAUGAAAAGGCAAGAUCAAGAUGGCACCUAACACACGGUCAACUGCAAAAAGUCAAACAGGCCCCUCUCAGAGGGACGUUUUUCUUUAACCGGUUGACAAAAACUUCACUGUGACCUCUAAAUUCAAAUAAAAAAUUGACAAGGGGAAAACAGUUAUACUUCUUCUGCAAUAAUAAUUAUAUUUUCAUUGCUUCACUAUGUUCUUUCAAGUGAAAGCCGAGGCAAGCGGGACUCGGGUCCGAUGACAAUCAGAAACUGAAUAACGAAUGCUGGACGUUUUAUGCACUGUUAGUGAAACAGCAAGCGAGGGGGCGGGCGUUAAAAUAACUCAACUCAAUGACAAAGUGAAAAAUUAGUUUGCGAUUGGAUGCUUCUUCUCUAUAUUCUGAAACAAUACUGUGUUGCAUGUGCGGUUUAGGCUGGACUGAGAAAUGGUGCAUUGGUGGUGCCAAAUGCUCAUAAGUCCUUGUCUCUCCCUUCUUGUGCUCGAGCAUCUUUGAUUCAUAACUGGUAUUUGGGUACCGGGCCUUGUGUAGGCAGGCAGAGCAAAAGAAGAAGUGCCCGGGACUGAUUUGUCCUAGUCAUUUGUGCCGUGUGGUUCACUGUGUCAGCAUGCAGAGCGUUUACUUGUGGUCAUCGAAAAAGCAAUACCGGCCAUAUAUCAGCCUGCAGCUUGCAAUACAUCUGCUAGUUUUUUUUAAAUUACGUUUUAUAGUAAAGAGAAAAAAGAAAAGCGGUGUGGUGAAUGAAGGAGGCACGAAUCCUGCUAUCACUUGGGGGCGCUAGUGCACAGAGAAUCAGUCUUGAGGACCUCUACAGGUCUGGAAUUGAACUGUGCCAUUUUUUAACACCUCUUCCCAGUGCUUUUUCUUCUUAUAUGUGGUAAACAAAGAACAAGAUACAAAACCAUUAAAAAAAAACAGUUUAGAGGAAACAAGUUGUUCUUCAGGGAUUGUUUAUUUGCUCAAAGUUUUAAAAACUUUGGAAUCAAGGCUGCUGUAUACUGAGUAUCCGUUCAGUACAAUGACAAAAUCUAAUGAGAAAAAAAAAAUCUACCUUUAAAAUGAUAAUAAUGCUAAUUUAUGAUGACCAUCAGAGCCAAAGAACCUUAUCGUUGUAAUGGCAUUGCUCUUGCUCCAAAUGGUACUCAUGUAAAUCGAUUAAAGUGCAUAUGACAUAAUAUUUAGUUGCAAAAUACAAUUUAAGAGUUAGGGCGCUGGAGGACAAGGAGCAAUAGAAGAGGACAAUUUGAUUUGGUGACCACUGAUUAGGGUUAAGAUGAAAUGGAAAUAAGAACUUGUAUUUCUCCAUUUACCAAGCCGCUUAUUCUCACGAGGGUCAUGGCAGUGCUGGGGCUUAUCGCAGCUGUCAACGGGCAGAAGACUGGGUACACCCUGAACUGGUUGCCGGUCAAUUGCAGGGCACAUAGAGACAGACAACAGUCACUCUCACAAUCACACCUAAGGGCAAUUUAUCGUCCCCAAUUAAUGCACAUCUUUGGGAUGUGGGAGAAAAUCGGAGAGAAAAUGAAAACUCUACAGAGCCGGGGCUGGGAUUUGAACUUUGGUCUUCAUAACUGUGAGGGCAACGCUCUAACCAGUUGCACACAGUGCAGCUGAAAAAAGAACAUUUAGGAGCCAAUUUUUUGCAUGCAAUGAUUUUAUCCCUGUCUCCAACUCACCAAACAUUUGCAUUCUUUAUUAGUUAUGGGUUUCAGGCUUUGUUAUUUUUUGUUUGAUUUGGGGGGUUGGGUCUGUUGCACGGGCUAAAAUGUCUCCUCUAUCAGGUUUAAAUAUGGAGAGCCUCUGUACUUACUGACUCUGUACUGUCCCUCACCGUGCUACAAUUGCUCUAAAACCACCACUGGUUUCAACAUUUGUGCUCAAACAAAAGAUAAUAUUUUGUUUGUAGCAUAAUGUAUCUAGAUGUAAAUAAAUGCAAAUAAAA